AUGUCAGCUUCUCCAGACUUUCAGCUACGACCGAACCAGACCUCCAGCCCCACUCUACUCCCACUGCUCAACAUCACAGAUGGCAUGAUGGUCAACGCCACCGCCAAACCAUUCAGCGUGUUUGACGGAUGCGAGGGCAUGGAGGAGGGCAUUUUAUUCGACUUGGCCAUCCAGCUGAUCAAUGUCAUCCUGGGGAUCCCGGCCAACGUCAUGGUGAUCGUCAUCCUGAUCCAGAACCGCCGUGAGCCGUCCACCUCCGAUCUCUACCUUGGCUCCCUGGCCUUCAUGGACGCCUACUUCGGGGUCAUGACGCCCAUCAUCUUCGCCAACCUCUACGAGUGGCAGAGCAAGGAGGUCUGGAUGGCGAUCAAGUUCUCCUACGGCGUGAAGGACACCAGUGGACCCCUCUUCCUCUCCUGCAUCUGUCUGGACCGCUUUGUAGCCGUCGUCUUCCCAAUCGCCUUCGGCCGCCUCAAGCACCCCAAGUACAGAAUCAUGCUCACCAUCCUGGUGUUUAUGCUCACGUUUGCGUACGCUGCCGCUAAGGCCUUCGGAGGAGGCCUGCCCAACUUCGAGAAGGUGUUCACCGGCGAGGUGCUGGCCACCUUCACCUGGAUGAUGGUGUGCAACGCCUCCAUCUUGCUGGUGCUGAAGCGCUCCAAGGGCGCCGGCAAGGACGAGAUGCACCCCAUGAAGAAGAAGGCCUUCAAAAUGGUGCUAUCCAUCCUAGUCAUCAUCGUGGUCAACUACCUGCCACUGGUGGCGCUCUUCCCGUUUGAAGACCGCUACACGCCGGACACCUUCCGCUGCUACGUGCAGCCGGUGGGUUUCGCCUUCCUGAACAUCAGCAGCAGCAUCCAGCCCAUGAUCUUCCUCUCGCGCCUGGACAAAGUGCCCUUCCUGCCUGAGGCCUGGACCAAGGGGUGCUGCGCCCACAAACAGUCCACCAACAACGAGAAGCCCGCGAUCACCGCGAGCACAGAAACCAUAGCAACCAUAGCGUCCACCGCGCCUCUUUCCCCGCCCUAA